UCCUAAACUAAACCUGCCGAAACCGUCGAUUAUUCUACAGUUUCUUCCUCGACUCGUCUUCAAUUCAACAUGGGAGGCCAAUUUUCAAUCCAUUACAGUCCAAGAUUCCCACCUCAUUCGGACCAAAAAGAGAGACAUCCCAUUGCAAUAAACAAAACCGAGGACCAGCUAAAACCCACCAGCAAAUCACAACUUUGAUCACCCUCAACCAAUUACCUGGCCUUCCCUCCUCUCGCUUUUCCAUUACCAUGUUCACUAACUAGCCCAUAGUUUCUUCAAGAUCGAAUCUUUGCACAUACCCAUUUGCUCAAUCCACCUAUAAGAUCACCAAGAAGGCAAGAACCUUCAAUGCCAUCAGAAAGAUCGCUUCUUUACUGUUGAAAACUGUCUUUGCACUUGAAGCUAAGCGCAGCUAGUGAUUCUUGGUACUACUCAUGGAAACUGCUAAUCACGUCGGCUCGGCGGCACAGCCCAUCUCGGCUCCGUGCAGUGGCACUCUGGGCGGCCACCUGGCUCGGCGGCUCGUGGAGAUCGGCGUGAGGGACGUGUUCUCGGUCCCUGGCGACUUCAACUUGGCCCUCUUGGACCACCUGAUAGCCGAGCCGGAGCUGAACCUGAUCGGCUGCUGCAACGAGCUGAACGCCGGCUACGCGGCCGACGGGUACGCGCGAGCGAGGGGCGUGGGCGCGUGCGUGGUGACGUUCACGGUUGGGGGUCUCAGCGUGCUCAAUGCCAUUGCAGGGGCUUACAGCGAGAACUUGCCUGUGAUCUGUAUCGUUGGAGGGCCUAAUUCUAAUGACUACGGGACUAACAGGAUCUUGCACCACACCAUUGGGCUGCCUGAUUUUACCCAAGAGCUCAGGUGUUUCCAGUCAGUCACCUGCACACAGGCAGUGGUGAAUAACUUGGAUGAUGCGCACGAGCUGAUUGAUACCGCGAUCUCUACGGCUUUGAAGGAAAGCAAGCCGGCUUAUAUUAGUAUAAGCUGUAAUUUGUCUGGGAUUCGUCACCCUACUUUUGCCAGGGAUCCAGUUCCUUUCUCUCUUGCACCAAAGGUAAGCAAUCCAAUGGGUCUGGAAGCUGCAGUCGAAGCAACUGCUGAUUUUCUCAACAAAGCUGUGAAGCCUGUCAUCGUGGGUGGGCCGAAGCUCAGGGUGGCCAAGGCCCAAAGGGCCUUCAUGGAGCUCGCAGAUGCCGCCGGGUAUCCAAUCGCCAUUAUGCCAUCAGGCAAGGGGCUAGUGCCGGAGCAUCAUCCCCACUUCAUUGGAACAUAUUGGGGUGCUGUGAGUACAAGCUUUGUCGGGGAGAUUGUAGAAUCAGCCGAUGCCUAUAUUUUCGUUGGCCCCAUCUUCAACGAUUACAGCUCCGUUGGCUAUUCCUUGCUGAUUAAGAAGGAGAAAGCAAUCAUAGUGCAGCCCAAUCGCGUGACUGUCGGGAGUGGCCCUUCCAUUGGGUGGGUUUUCAUGGCAGAUUUUUUACGCGCAUUGGCCAAGAAGCUGAAGAGAAACAGCACUGCCUUGGAGAAUUACCGCAGGAUAUACGUACCUCCGGGCAUGCCCCUCAAGUGCGAGAAAAGCGAGCCUCUUAGAGUCAAUGUUCUGUUUAAGCACAUUCAGGAUGUGCUCAGUGGGGACACUGCAGUUAUCGCUGAAACUGGAGACUCUUGGUUUAACUGUCAGAAACUCCGGUUGCCUGAGAAUUGCGGGUAUGAAUUCCAGAUGCAAUACGGAUCUAUAGGUUGGUCAGUGGGUGCCACUCUAGGAUAUGCUCAAGCUGCCACUGAUAAGCGUGUGAUAGCUUGCAUUGGUGAUGGAAGCUUCCAGGUUACAGCUCAGGAUAUAUCAACCAUGAUCCGAUGCGGACAGAAGACUAUAAUCUUCCUGAUCAACAAUGGGGGUUACACCAUCGAAGUGGAGAUUCAUGACGGCCCUUACAACGUGAUUAAGAACUGGAACUACACUGGUCUCGUGGACGCCAUUCACAAUGGCGAAGGCAAAUGCUGGACCGCAAAGGUUCGCACAGAGGAAGAGCUUAUAGAUGCGAUCGCGACAGCGAGUGGGCCGCAUAAGGAUUGCUUGUGCUUCAUCGAGGUGAUCGUGCACAAGGACGACACGAGCAAAGAGCUGCUAGAGUGGGGGUCGCGCGUCUCUGCCGCAAACAGCCGUCCUCCUAAUCCUCAGUAAUCUCUCCGUGUUCGAAGUCCUACAUUGAUUCAAGAGAUAGAGAGAGAGAGAGAGAGGGGGGGGAUCACUUGUGAAGAAAGAUGAAUGCUGAUGUACAAGAGCUUUCUGUAUGAUGUAAACAUUUAACGAGAGUGAAUUGCAGUGCAUAAUAAAGCUUCUGGAAUACCCUCUGUGACUGUCGCAGGAAUCACCAUCUCUCCUCUGUUCCUUCAAGAUUACCAUCCAUAGUGAUUACAGGGUGAUUUUUAUU